GUGGUUACUCUGUUGAUGGCAACCAGCAGGCUGGAGGAAACGAAGCCGCGCUGCAGUGCAGUUUAAUUAGAGUUGAAUUAAACAUUAAUCAUGGACGCUGAGUGUUUAGAUGCGGGGAUAAACACGGAGCAGCAGCAGUCUGAUAAAAACACCGACCUGAAAACAAGUGAUGUUUACAGGGUGAAUGAAAAUCUGCCAAAACGUUUCAACAAUCCCGCCUGCUUUAAAGGCUACAGUAUGAAGAUGGCCCACCCGCUGUACCAAACAACCAACCAGAUAUACGGCAGCAAAAAACCUACAGUCCAUGAAAUGCCGACAACCUUUCAUGGAAGCUGGCACAAGUUUUCAGACCUCCUCCUGAAAAGUGGAAUGUUCCGAGAUACAGGCUUCAACACAUCGCUGGAGAAGAGUCAAAUCACCGGGCCAAAUACCAUCAACAUGCGCGACGACAGAAUCACCUUUCAUCGUUUAUACCACCCUGGAGGAAACGAACAAGCUGAGACUAACGUGUCUUGAGACUAAUGCAUUGUUUUGCCCUGUAAUUAAUAACAAUGCCAUUUUAAUGAGGUUAACUUGUACACAAAACACGUCGGCCACCUUAUUACAUCUUUCCGAAAAGCAGCACGGUGGCGGAACAGGUAGCGUUGCCGUCUCACAGCUCUAGUAUUCUCCAGGGUAAUACUCGAACAACCCUACCGCUUAAAAGUCAUCAAAUUAAAAGUAUGGGUCUGAUUUCUUAUGAAUGGACAUGGCCAGUAAAAGUUCUUGAACAGUUUACUCAGUGUUAGUGCCCUAGACAAAACAGACAGAAAAAUGUGAGAAUAACAAUUCAAUUAGGACAAAUAUUAAACACUGAAGACCUACAUGCUUGUGUUUAUGGUAUUAACUGGUCACUUAAAGGAUCCUAGUGGAACUCUUACUGAUGCUUUGUUAAAGACAGGAAGGUAGAACAGUUAAACCUGUAGCUAAAAAACUUGAUUAGGUCAAACAAUGCUUUACAUUUACGGCAUUUGGAAGACGCCCUUAUACAGAGCGAGUUAUCUCACUUAUGUAACUGAGCAUUUCUGGGUUAAGGGCCUUGCUCGAGGGCCCAGCCGUGGGAACUUGGCAGUGCUGGGAUUUGCACUCACAACUUUAGACUGUAGGGCAAAUAUAUGUUGUGUGCUGCCCAAUCAAGAGUCAGGCCUUUUCCAAUUAGAUUUUUCAAUUGAAUGAUCAAAUUGAAGAAACUUUUAAAUUUGAGCACAGAUACACACUGAAUAGAUGAUUGCCUGCCUUGUUAUAGAGAUGUCAAUGAAGUGGGCUUAAAUAUUAGCCUUAGUAGGACCUCAUACAUUCACUUUACUUUUACUUAUGACCACUAGUCAUGCUCUUGUACUUUAAAAACAUCUCCUUGCAACAAUUUGGGCCUUUUUUUUUUUUUUUUUUUUUUUUUAAAUGUAUUUUUUCUUUAACAGAGAGGGACGGCCUAACCAUUCUAGGUCAUUUACACCAUUUGGGCUUGAUGCUCGGUUUGAAAUAAUCCGUUAGAUCUAGACGUUCAAACACCCUUAAUGAAAAGAAUCAAGAUUCCAGGAGCUGUAGUUCAGUAGAUUUGUUUUAUUUGGUGUUAAAGUCCAGUCAGUGCACGCAUUUACUGUAUAAUAUGUACACAAACUGGAGGCCAUCAAAACAUUGUUCAUGAAUUAUAAAAGCACUUAUCAACCAACAUAUGAAGGUACAGCAGACCAACAAAGAAUGAAGUAUAGAAAGAAAAUGAAAUGCUGUGAGGAAUAAAAACAACGUAUAGCGACGUAUAGCAAACUCAGUAGACAAACACUCUUUCCCUCUCUCUCUCUCACACACACACACAUGCGCACACACAAACCUGAGCCAGGCUGUGGGAAAUACGACUGAACAGACUUCAUUACUCCUGGCUGUUGCGAACAGUAAAAGACGGGGG